AAUCCACAAACGUCUAUCACCUGACGAAGACACUGCUAGUCCUCUCGCUCGCCUCUACUUUUUUUGACAACAACGACGACAAUGUUCACACGGUGAUCAUAGCAGAUAAAGCAACUAAACAUCAUUCCAUUGCGGGUGUUUUUGUAUAAUUUGACAUUCUUAAACCAUGGAUCCAUCCGCCCCGAAAAGCAAGCUGAAAAAACUCAGUGAAGACAGUUUGACCAAACAACCAGAGGAAGUGUUUGACGUUCUGGAAAAACUGGGUGAAGGCUCUUAUGGCAGCGUGUUCAAAGCCAUCCACAAGGAGUCAGGACAGGUUGUGGCCAUCAAGCAGGUUCCUGUGGAGUCGGAUCUACAAGAGAUCAUCAAGGAGAUUUCCAUCAUGCAGCAGUGUGACAGCCCUUAUGUAGUGAAGUACUACGGCAGCUACUUCAAAAACACAGACCUGUGGAUCGUCAUGGAGUACUGCGGGGCAGGCUCCGUCUCGGACAUCAUCAGGCUGCGUAACAAAACGCUGACAGAGGAUGAGAUCGCCACCAUUCUAAAAUCAACCCUGAAGGGUCUGGAAUACCUUCACUUCAUGAGGAAGAUCCACCGGGACAUUAAGGCGGGAAACAUUCUCCUCAACACGGAGGGACACGCCAAGCUGGCUGACUUUGGAGUGGCCGGGCAGCUGACGGACACCAUGGCAAAGAGGAACACCGUGAUUGGAACCCCUUUCUGGAUGGCCCCGGAGGUGAUCCAGGAGAUCGGCUACAACUGUGUGGCCGACAUCUGGUCCCUUGGCAUCACGUCCAUCGAGAUGGCAGAGGGCAAGCCUCCUUAUGCAGACAUCCAUCCCAUGAGAGCCAUCUUCAUGAUCCCCACCAACCCUCCACCGACAUUCCGAAAACCAGAGCUGUGGUCGGACGACUUCACGGACUUUGUCAAGAAGUGUUUGGUGAAGAAUCCUGAACAGAGAGUGACGGCCACGCAGCUCUUACAGCAUCCAUUCAUUAGCCAGGCCAAGCCAGUCACCAUCCUGAGGGACCUGAUCACUGAGGCCAUGGAGAUGAAGGCCAAGAGGCAGCAGGAGCAGCAGCGAGAGCUCGAGGAGGAGGAUGACAACUCUGAGGAGGAGACUGAGGUGGACUCUCACACGAUGGUGAAGUCUGGCUCAGAGGGCGCGGGCACCAUGCGAGCCACCAGCACCAUGAGCGACGGGGCGCAGACGAUGAUCGAACAUGGCAACACCAUGCUGGAGUCGGACCUGGGCACCAUGGUCAUCAACAGCGACGAGGAGGAGGAAGAGGAGGACCAGAGAUCCAUGAGGAGGCACGCCACCCCGCAGCAGCCCUUACGUCCAUCCUUCAUGGACUACUUUGACAAGCAGGACUCCAACAAGGCGGCCCAGCAGCAGCAUCAGCACCAGCACCAGCAGGAGAACUACAACCACAACCAGCCUCAGGAGCAGCCCGGGUACCACAUCCAGUCCAAGAACAUCUUCCCCGACAACUGGAAGGUGCCGCAGGACGGCGACUUUGACUUUUUGAAGAAUCUGGACUUUGAGGAGCUGCAGAUGCGCCUGAGCGCCCUGGAUCCCAUGAUGGAGCGGGAGAUUGAGGAGCUGCGGCAGCGCUACACAGCCAAGAGGCAGCCCAUCCUGGAUGCCAUGGACGCCAAAAAGCGGCGGCAACAGAACUUCUGAGGGCCUCCUUCGUCUUUCAAUGCAUCUCUGCAGCCUUCUUUCUCCAGGCUUGAGUUUUUCCCGUCUGAAGUCGGCCGAGGGAAGAACUUUAGCCGGGUGACUCACUCCUAUUCUCACCUUGGUUGCUUCCAUUGUCAUCUGGAUGUUGCUCCUCUGUUCUUCAUCAGCUGGCAUUGAGUGUAAAUAUGACGCAUAAGUCGCUGCUCCAAGAGCAGCAAGUUCAGCCAUGACCAAAGACAAUCAAAAAUUGUGAUGAUGCCUUAAAUCAUUGGAGUCACCACAUGGAGCUGGAAUGAGCAUGUGGACCACGCAUUCAGGACGUUUAAUGUCAGAUUGACCUUUUUAAGAUUGCACACGAAGGUCUUUGACCAGACCUCAUCGAUCCACGUGCCUCAUAACACCAUUCCCUCGUUUUUAAGCCCCUGCGCCUUUGCCCCCCCAACACCAAUCACACAAAAUAAUCACAUUUAACUCUCAAUUAAUACCAAAGUUUCAAUGAAAAAAACAAACACAGAAUGUCUAACAGUAACUGUUACGUUGCUCCACAGCUCGUUCAUUUUUUGUGGUGUGAAAGUGCACUGGAAUGUCCCGAAGGAGGCAAACUGCUGGGACUUGAACGCCACAUGCGGUCGACAUUUGGCUUUUUUUUUUUUUCUUUAAUCAACCGACUGUUACAUGUGAAUAUUGUUGAACACGCGGUGCGGAUCAGCACACGCUGCAGACCAAGUGGCUUUGACGAGACCUGUUCCACUAUUUAAUAAUAUCCUUGUGUACACAUUUCACUGGCGUCAUGGCUUACUCACCUCUUUGUGUUUUAACGGUUUUCCGGACCACAUCUCAUUGUUGAACUUAAUAAGGACACAGCGGCGGCAUCCAAGCAUUCACACUUAUUUAUUGUUUAAAACAUUUCAUUGACAAUGGUUUACGAGAUAGACGUUGAUUCAUAUUUGUAACCUUUGUUAACUACAUGCCGCUUCAUUUUUGCUGUUUUUUUUUUUAGUCUUUGCAUGUGUUUGGAAGGACGUUUUAUUACCUGCACAGACGUUUAUUAAUUAACUGUACAGUACAAGACAUAAGUUAGCAUUAUUAUAAUAUUCAUGAUAUUGUAUUUUCAUUUCACCACUAAAUGAUACGAGGAAGUGUGGAAUUUAAGCAUCUUGUGUUGAAACCGGUUAAUUUAUUACCUUAUUUUGUAUAAAGUGCAUGAAAGAAUAAAAGUUACUUUUAGUUAACCUCAACCACA